AUGUACAAGCUUGGCAAGUCUUUGUUCAUAUUGUUGGACGAUAGAAGCGACAAUACCAACAACAAACUCAACGACAAGAAGGACAAAGAUGUAUCAUCACUCACAUCCAGUGAGUUACAACUCUGCUUCCAAUCGAUUGAUUCAAACAUCGAACAAGAUCAAAGUAGCACCAACAACAGCAAUAGUACGACAUUACAAGUGAUCGAGAGCAUUGCAAAGGCAUUCGUCGAGCAACACAAGAUACAUUUCAAACAAUAUGACAUCAGACAAUGUACACUCAAUCGACUUGUGGUCAAUGAUAAAGAGCAGCAACAGUUGGUUGUCGACAAUGUACACACUCCACCUGCAUCAUACUUUAGAGUACAACGUUUGUUCAACUAUUUGAUGACACAUCAUCAGACCUCAUUCUGGAAUGCACUUACUGAACAGCUGGUGGCAAACUUGAAGCACAGUGACAAUGACUCGAGACGACAGUUGUUGGAUGUGAUCAUGAUGGUCAGCCAUAUGAUACUAGCAUCAGACAAGUGGUCACUACAGAAUGACAUCAUCUUGGAUCAUGUGAUGCCACAACUUAUCAAUACCAUUAGGUUGUUUGGACAACCAGACCCGGCAACCGAGGGCGGAGUGCAGCCCACGCGUCUAGCAGUUGGUGCCAGUGAUCUUGCCCUAUCAAUAUCUAUCGCGAUACUACAGUGCAAGACUGCUGCCAAUGUUGAGCAAACAAUCAAGUUGUUGAACUUUGUCAAAGAGGUCACACAAUGCCUUUCAAGUUGGAGUCACAGACAACAUCUGUUACGCUAUGCACUUGAUCACCUUGUUGAUUUCAUCAAACAAAUGUCACCGGUUGAGGUGUCCAACCUGUCUCAGUGCUUAGUCUGGUAUCAACAUGUUCUGCCACUACUCUACUUUCAAAUGUCAACGCCAACCAAGUCCUGCAUCACAUCAAUGGAAUCACUGAUCAAUCAAUCGAUCAACACAUUGAUCACAAUGUCUGGACAGAGCGAUCAACUUCAAGAUGGUGACUCCAACCAAGUGAUCAAGGUUAUCGAUGUCAUUGAUCUAUGUUGUAUCACAAUGUUCUUGCUAAUUGGAUGCCAAUCACAAAGAAGACAACAGGACAUUAUAACAAGAUAUAAUGAUGAGCUGGUCGACAUAUCAUCAUUCCUUAUUCAAUUUCCAGAGCCAACAAUCCAAUCAUAUUGUGUCAAGUUGUUGGAGUUACUAUUUCCACUCACAUCAUCCAGACUACAUGGCACUGGCGGUGUUGGCACAAUGGAUAUAUUCACCACAAUGUUGAGUGAGACCGAUGCGCUACCUCGUCCACUCGUUCACUUCAUUGCAUCAACGUUGUCCAAACACAACACACAGCUUGGACAUCUACUUGAACUCAUCAAUUCAUAUCAUUCAAUCAAUGUACAACUUGUACUUAAGGAAUUAUGCACAAUAUCACCAUUGCAAUUCAUCAACAAUGAGUCACAGGCCAAUCAUAUACAUCCUUUAAUAUUACUACCAACAUUAUUACGGAAUACUAUCAACAACAAUCAAUCCAAACUCGAUCCACUUAUCAUCAAUAUAUUCACCAAGCACAAGAUGACCAGUGUGGCCUUUGAUCAACUACUUGAUAUUCUAAUUACCAACAAGAUAGAUGAGGAUUGGAAAGGUGGCGAAGUUACAUUGGAUAGUAAGGCGAGCGAUAAGUUGAUGACAUUGGUAACAACAAUCUCGAGCAAACUAGACGCUAAGACAUGGAAACAAAUCCUUCCAGUCUUUGUGAUCAAGUGGUGGGCAAAUGCAAGGGAUACAACAAUGUCAAAGAUACUACAGCGCAUGUUGCCAUCGAUAGACACGGACACUCUUGGACACUUGAUGAUCAUAUCCAUCAGAGAUAGAAUGCAACAACAACAACUAGUGUUGGGGACGAGUGGACAGACUCAGGGUCAGGAGGAAACCACGGUCUUUCAACUACUCUCUCCACUUUUACUCCUUAAGAUGUGUCUGAAGGAGUUGUUGCUUGGUGGCAAACGUGAUCAAUCAUGGCGCAAUACAGAUUGUCGACGCGUGGAACUUGACCAAGUGUACGCAAUGUUAAUCUAUCGCGUCGUAUCCAAGAACGCAGCAUUGUUGGUGGAGAUCCAACGACUGGCUGCAGAAUGUAUCAGUAACCUACCAUCAAUUUAUUGGUUACAAUCAGUGUCCGAGUCAUUGGAACGAAUGGUUAUACAACUGACGGUCAAUAAUGAUAGAGUUGAUGUAGACACUCAAACUGCCAAACUACUGCUAUUCACUCUAUGUAAUGGAUGUUUGGUGCAGUAUAACAACAUAUUGAUGGUCAAGGAUGGCGAUGGAACAUUCAUACAUCGACUGGCAACGGUAGUCUGGAAGGUGAUAACAUGUUCAAACACUCCACGUCUUCACAUUGAUGAUGCCGAGUUUAAGAAGUUACAACUUGGCGCAGGUGACCUUCUGGCCUUUAUGACCAAGCCUCUGUUCUCUAGCAAUAUCAUCAUCAAACCACUCACAUCCGAGGCGAUCAGGGCGAGCCGACUCGAUACCCUGGACCAAGCGCACACUAUCAAUGACUUGCUGAUCACCCAGUUCAAGCUUCUCUUCUCGCGCGACCCAGCCUCACACAUGACCCGCACCAAGCAACUGGUGCUCAACUCGUUGAUGACAUUGGCAAAGCUGCUGGACGAUCAUGAGUGCCAAACAUUCCAGGCGGCUGUGUUCACACCACUCAUCAGAUUGUACUUCCACCUGCAACAACAAUUGGAGCAGCACAUGCCCGAGGGCACCUCAUGGACCACGACAUCAAGCAAUGUGAUCGGGAUCAUGGCCAACAUUAUACAGAUUCUGUUCACAGUGACGAUGAAGCUUCACGAGUACCAGCUGGCACCACAUGGUGACGAUCUGUUCGAUAUGGUAGUUGACGCCAUUGGUAAACAACCCAGUGCAAUGCUCAAGUUGUCUGGCCUGAGACUACUGGGAACAAUGAUGAAGUCUGCGCCAGGUGUACUAUUCUCAUCACCAACUCGUCUGGUACAAGUGAGCUCAAUACUGAUGGAGCGGGCAGCCUCAUCCAACACAGACCAAGACACCAAAGCAUUGGCAGUUCAGCUACUCGAUAUACUCAAACAACGACAAAAGUAA